AAAACAAUGAGUAAGGAAAGAGAUGUAUUCUUGGUAAAGGAACACCCUGAUCCUGGGAGUAAAGACUCAGAAGAAGAUUACCCCAAAUUUGGACUUUUAGAUCAGGAUCUUAGUAACAUUGGUCCUGCUUAUGACAACCAAAAACAAAGUGGUGCUGUGUCUACCAGUGGGAAUCUAAAUGGAGGAAUUGCGGCAGGAAGCAGUGGAAAAGGAAGAGGAGCUAAGCGCAAACAGCAGGACGGAGGGACGACAGGGACUACCAAGAAGGCCCGGAGUGACCCUUUGUUUUCUGCUCAGCGCCUUCCCCCUCAUGGCUACCCCUUGGAACACCCGUUUAACAAAGAUGGCUAUCGGUAUAUUCUAGCUGAGCCUGAUCCCCAUGCUCCUGACCCUGAGAAGCUUGAACUUGACUGCUGGGCAGGAAAACCUAUUCCUGGAGACCUCUACAGAGCCUGCUUGUAUGAACGGGUUUUGUUAGCCCUACAUGAUCGAGCUCCCCAGCUGAAGAUCUCGGAUGACCGACUGACUGUGGUUGGCGAGAAGGGCUACUCUAUGGUGCGAGCCUCUCAUGGGGUACGGAAAGGUGCCUGGUACUUUGAAAUCACUGUGGAUGAGAUGCCUCCAGACACUGCUGCUAGACUGGGUUGGUCCCAGCCCUUAGGUAACCUUCAAGCUCCCUUAGGUUAUGAUAAAUUUAGCUAUUCUUGGCGGAGCAAAAAGGGAACCAAAUUCCACCAGUCCAUUGGCAAACACUACUCUUCUGGCUAUGGACAGGGGGACAUCCUGGGAUUUUAUAUCAAUCUUCCUGAAGACACAGAGACAGCCAAGUCACUUCCUGAUACUUAUAAAGAUAAGGCUUUGAUAAAGUUCAAAAGUUAUUUGUAUUUUGAAGAAAAAGACUUUGUGGAUAAGGCAGAGAAGAGUCUAAAGCAGACUCCCCAUAGUGAGAUAAUAUUUUAUAAAAAUGGUGUCAAUCAAGGUGUGGCUUACAAAGAUAUUUUUGAGGGAGUUUACUUUCCAGCCAUCUCACUGUACAAGAGCUGCACGGUUUCCAUUAACUUUGGACCAUGCUUCAAGUAUCCUCCAAAGGAUCUCACUUAUCGCCCUAUGAGUGACAUGGGCUGGGGCGCUGUGGUAGAACAUACUCUGGCUGAUGUCUUAUAUCAUGUGGAGACAGAAGUGGAUGGGAGACGGAGUCCCCCAUGGGAACCCUGACGAGCUUCCUCUUUCUUUUCAGACAUGGACUUUCUGGAGAAUAAUACCGGGUGUAUUAUUUUUUAUUUUUAUUUUUUUAACUGCUUUAAGUGUUCUUCCUAAGAUGCUGCAGCACACAGCCUCUACUUUUUGCAAGUUAAAAGUCCAGGAUGGGGACCAAGGGAAACCUCUGCCCUUUUAAUAUUCUUUCCUCACUUUCAGUGAAUGCUCUUACGUUGUAUACCGUAUGCCAACAUCUGCUGACCCCACAAUCCUGUAAGUUCCCUGUGAAAUUGGUGCUGUACCUACAUACCCCCCCAGCUGGAAUUUGUUACCUUAACUGUUUUCUAAGGAGUGAAUAAUCUUGUCCAAAUAGCUGACUUAUUCAAAGUUAAUUCCUUCUGUAGGUAUUGACUCCAUCCCGUCUGAUUUCUAAGGAAGUGGUUGGCUUAUUUCAGAGAACAGCUGACAUCAACGGCUGUACAUUCCAAACCAGUCUAAAAGUUGUUUCCUUUUGGUGCAGGUUUAUUUUUGUUACUAAUUUUGAAAUAUACUUUUAACACUGGUCUCUGAAACGACUAGGUCUCUAGAACUAUAAUUGUGAAAGGAACUUGCUUGCAGCUUUAACAAAGGUAGAAACUCUUCCCAAAUAAAACUUGUUUUCAAGUUUGUGUGGCAUUUUGGUUCCCUCAGGUUGGGGUGCUCUUGGUGAUAGUGUCAGAAGUGGGGGCAGUGUGACGAAGGGUAUUGGGCACUGGAGGGAGAGGCACAUUUCUGACUUGGAUCUCAGCGCCUCUCCUGUUGCUUCUAUUUUAGCCAGCCAAUCAACCACCCCUUUUACCCUGGGGAAAUGGGACUUUUCACACAAGGAGGUGAACAGGAGUUUAAAGGGUUAAUGGUUUCUCUCCUACUCUUGUCUUUGAAUAUGGGUAUUGGUCUGUGCAGAUUGUUUUCUUGCCUUGCUUAUCUUCCUUUGCAAUACUAAAAAUUGGAAUGUGAGGGUGAUCCUUCCCUUGGGAUCUCUUUAUGGCUUUCCUGCCUCCCUUUUUUAGGUGAAAACAACACAUCAGUCUUACGGCAAAUGCAGCCCUCCCAGGAUUGCCCCACAGACUGCUGCAUAUAACUUUCUAAUAAGUAGAUGGUUCCCUAAGAAGUAGGUGAUGUGUUGCCACAGAAUCACCAUACAUUAUGUCUGUGGCUCUUCUAAAUAUUUUCUUGUCAUUUUCCUGUUUAAGAAAUUGCCCAAAUUUCAAGUGAAUAUUGGUAUCUUAACACAGUAGCUUUGACAUAUUUGUCUCCAGAUGAAUUACCUAGACCCUUCGUUUAGUGCAUUUCACUACUUCACAUCUCUUAACAGGAAAGCUGACAUAGAGCCAGCAUGUUCACACGCUGGAGUCUCGGCUUGUCACCCCUAGAUACUAUUAAUUCUUGGGCUGGUCUUAACGGACAGAUCUGGUUAUAGAAACUUCUGGAUCUUGAGAGUUUGAAGGACUACAAGAAAAUGAGGGUGAUGUUAUUUAGAGGAAGAUAAAGAAAAACCUUGGAAUGGAUUUCUGGAAGGUACCUCCUAUAGGGAGUCACUCAAGCAACUGGAGCCCCCUUUUCUAUGAUUCUAUGAAAAUGGAAGAGGAUUCUUCCUGUUCAUGUGGUAUAGUAUGGAGAGGGAAGAGCCUAUUUUCUCACUACCACCUACCCACUG